ACCCAACUGAUCCGGAGCAGACCCUAAUCCCUAAGCAGAGGGGGAAAGGAAGACAAAGAGCUCUGGGCCCCCAGGUUCCGGUUGUCUUCCACCCCACGCAUACAAGUAUUCCCUGCUAAGGCUGCCACUGAGCAGCCAUGAGCCUGGGGUGGGUAAGGCAUUGUAUAGUGUAGUGUAGCAGGGGGCACAUGGGAUAUGGGCAGAGGGGGUAGGUAGAAUUCCUAGGAGAGAAGAGUGACUGGGAGGCCACUUACCCCUCCCUGACGGAAGGGAGAGGACACUAGGGUGGGAGGCACAUAGAGCAAAUGUCCCAGCAGAGAGGACAAGCGGCCCUGACCCCUGCCGAGGAUUAGGUUCAGCCCAUCAGAUUGGGGUUUACCCAGUCCUUAAUGCCCCAGCUGCCCGGAGUCUCCACCCCUUCUGGACUUUGUACUCUAGAGCCUAGAGGAGCCAGGCAGGGCAAGGGUAGAGAGUCAGAAUUUCUGAGAAACAACAGGAGAGAGAGCUGGUCGCUAAGACGAGUUGGGGCUCUCUCCUACCAUGUGGCUGCUCCUGCUUCUUGGUACUCUGCUUUUCGGAGCACUGUGGUUCCUCCGAGACCGGCUAGUGCUACCCCCCAGUGAUGCCUUCAUAUUCAUCACCGGCUGUGACUCAGGUUUUGGCCAGCACCUGGCACUGCGGCUGGACAGACGAGGCUUCCGAGUUUUGGCUGGUUGCCUUACACCCACAGGGGCAGAAAACUUGCAGCAGGCUGCCUCACCGAGACUCUGCACCACACUCCUGGAUGUCACAGACUCCAAAAACAUCCAGAAAGUGGCUGAGUGGGUGAGGAUGUUGGUGGGAGAGAGAGGGCUCUUUGGGCUGGUGAAUAACGCGGGUAUUACGGGGACCAUUGGCCCCACCCCGUGGCUGAAUCUGGAGGAUUACCGUCGAGUACUGGAAGUGAACACACUGGGUCCUAUCGGAGUUACCCUGGCCUUGCUGCCUCUGCUACAGCAGUCACGAGGGCGAAUCAUCAACAUCAGCAGUGUCCUAGGCCGUCUGGCCGCCAAUGGGGGCGGCUACUGUGUCUCCAAAUAUGGUGUAGAGGCCUUUUCUGACAGCCUACGAAGGGAUGUAGCCCACUUCGGGGUCCGGGUCUCUAUCAUAGAACCGGGCUUCUUCCGCACAGCAGUAACCAACUUGGAGAAUGUGGAAGGGACACUUCGGGCCUCCUGGAAACGAUUAUCUCCUGCCACCCAAGCCAGCUACGGGGACAACUUCCUCCCCAAGUACCUGAAGGUACAACGGCUCAUCAUGAACCUGAUCUGUGACGGGGACUUGGGCAAGGUGAGCAGCUGCCUGGAACAUGCGCUGACUGCCCGAUACCCCCGCACAAGAUACAGUCCAGGAUGGGAUGCCAAGUUGCUCUGGCUGCCUGCCUCCUACCUGCCUGCUAGCCUGGUAGAUGCUGUCCUCACUUGUGUUCUUCCUAAACCUGCCCAGGCCAUCUGCUGAACCCAUUAGCCCGGGGGAAACUGAGGCACAGGAUGGAAAGCAAACACUAGAUACAAUGAUCACCACCCAAGUUGAGCUGUCCCACCCCCCGACCCUCACUCGUUUCUGAAGAUCAAGAUGUUUUUUAAAAUGUCCCUCUGAGGGGGCGGCUAGGUGGCGCAGUGGAUAAAGCACCGGCCCUGGAUUCAGGAGGACCUGUGUUCAAAUCCGACCUCAGACACUUGACACU